AGGUUAAUGAAGCUAAAAAGACUGUCUCUUCACGCUUAAACACAUACAGUGUCAUUAGCAACUGGAAACUUGACAAUGCAUUCAUGUGCGUUUCUUCUGCUGAUGGCUUUGGCUCUUCAUCAUGCUUUACCUGCGGUCACAUUUGAGCAAAUUGCAAUCUUAGAGAAAUGGAAGAACAUUCUGGAUAUAAACAAAGGUUUAAAUCUCACAGAAGGAGACAUCAUGGAGCCUAGGCAAGGGAGCGCUUUUGGUAAUCAGACCUUGUGGGAUCUACCCGUCUCCUAUAAGCUGAGUGCAAAUCUCAAUAUGAACGACAGAGGAGUCAUUCUGAGAGCCUUCGAGCAGUUCAGACUGAAAUCAUGUGUUGACUUUAAGCCCAGAGCAGCAGAAGAGUUUUACAUCUCUGUGGAAAGUCAUGAAGGGUGUUGGUCAUAUAUCGGACGCUCAUCUCCUGGAGGACAGGCUCUUUCCAUUGGAAAAGACUGUGGAAGAAAAGGCAUCGUUGAGCACCAGUUUCUCCAUGCACUGGGAUUGAACCAUGAACAUUUGAGAUAUGACAGAGAUGAAUACGUGACAAUCAACCAUGAAAACAUCAGGAAAGGAUAUGAGAGUAAUUUCAAUAAACACAGUGGGAACGUGUCCACUACACAAGAAACCCCAUAUGAUUAUUACUCUGUGAUGCAUUUUGAUAAAAAUGCCUUCAGCAACGGCAACGGAUCCACGAUCAUAACCAAGAGUCCUGAGCUCCAAGACAUGAUCGGACAACUAAUGGAAAUGAGCGAACAUGAUGUGACUGAGCUCAACAAACUCUACAAAUGCAAUUCCUCGGUGUCUUUCCUCGACUGCUGUAGUUUUGAUGAUGAAUCUCUGUGUCAGAUGAGCGUCUGUUCUGCUGCUGAUGACGGCUGGCAGAGAGUGAAGUCAGUGAGUGGCAUCAUUGUGACCGAUCACACAUACUUGGGCAAAGAACAGAGCGGGACGUCCUUCUUCAUGCACUUCAGCACCGAGGGCAGAAACGAGGGCGACGCAGCCAGAUUGGAGAGCAAGACAGUGACCCCUACAAGAGACUGCAAAGUCCAGUGCCUGCAGUUCUACUACCAUCACAGCGGUCAUGAGUCUGACCAGCUCAACAUCUGGAUCCGAGAGCAGCAGAAUGAAGCAGACAGCAGAGGAGCUCUCAGACUCAUGGAUCAGAUCACAGAAACCCCUGAGAAUUACUGGAAGCUGCAUCAUGUGCCGCUGAACGCAAAUAAAUCUUUCCAAGUUGUGUUUGAAGCACGUAAAGGAGCUGGAAACUCCAGCGGAGGCUUCUCACUGGAUGAUAUCAAUAUUUCAGAGACUGAGUGUCCCUUCAUAUGGCAGAUAAGAGACAUUGAGAAGGAACUGAACAGUAGGUCCAGUCAACUUUGGAGUCCACUGUAUUACUCCAGGGAUGGGUAUCGCUUUGGUGCCGAGUUAUCUGUGUUCAGGAAUAAAAUUGAAAUAUAUGUUUAUUUGAUAUCUGGUGCAUAUGAUGAGCAGUUGCAGUGGCCUUGUCCAUGGAGACAAAUCACCGUCCAGAUCCUGGACCAGAAUCCACAAAUCCAGAAGCGCAUGUCCUUUGAGCAGAGCUUCACCACUGACCCUGAAUUUAUUCUUGAUGGCAGCUAUUACUGGGACAAACCUCGAAAAGGUCCAUUCACCAUCGGUGAUGAGUCUGUAUUUUUGGGUGGAGCUGCCGAUGUUGCGCUCCUAACAAAAGAUGAUCUCACUAGAAGAGAGUUUAUCAAGGGUGGAGACCUCAUAUUGCUCUUCACCAUUCAAGAUAUCUCAGCGCUGCUUCAGAGGGACUCUCUACCCUGUCCUAAAGUAACCGUGAAGAACUUCAGUGUUUCUACUGACACAAGCACCCAGCAGUGAGUGUCUGGAUAUAUUCUGCAGUUCCAGUGUCUCGACUGCUUCCUCUCUGAUCAUCCUGGUGCUUUGCUUUCUUCUGCUUAUCAGUUAAUCAUGACAAAUCAUUAUUAUCACUGCUCUAUGUCUGAAUGUUCAAUAAAAACUACAUCUCUCUUCAGUCGCCA